CCUAGCGAGGUAAGAGGUUACACGGAGAUGAGCUAGGCUAUCAACCAGCCUGUUCUCACAGAUUAAACCGGACCCUUGCCCUCUUUAUUGAGCUGUAUUUGUUAUCUCGUGGACGCGGCUGACAGCGGCUCUAUCCGCCACGUCACAGUUAAUGAGCGACAGCCGAGCAGCUGAUGAGCGGAACAAACAGCGGACGGCUGAGCAAAGCAACCAGCGCGCCCCGCUCGACUGUUGUGGAGGUCUGAACAACGUGGAUUAUUCUAAGAUGGACUUGAUGCUGAUAGAGGAUUUCAUAAAACUCAUUAACUUUCAUGACCCAGGCUUUUGCGUUGCAGUGAUUGCAAUUGUGUUCAACCCUCUCUUCUGGAAUGUGGUGGCUCGAUGGGAGCAUCGUACUCGUGGACUCACCAAACUCUUUGGAAGCUCCUACCUGGCCUGUUGCAGUCUAGGACUUGUUAUCAUUCUGCUCAAUGUUUUCCGAAGCCACAGUAUUACAGUAGUGAUGAAGAACCAAGCCAGAUGGGAGCUGCUGGAGAGGACAGAUGUUUUCUACUUUGGGAUCUCCCUCAUAGUUCUAGGAACUGUACUGGUGGUCAGCAGUUUUCUUGCUCUUGGCUUCACUGGAACUUUUUUAGGUGACUACUUUGGCAUACUGAUGGAUGAGAAGGUGACGGGUUUUCCCUUCAGCGUCAUUGAGAAUCCGAUGUAUUGGGGAAGUACCGCCAACUACUUCGGCCUUGCACUCAUUGGAGCCAGUCCUGUCGGUUUAAUCCUCACUGCCAUAGUGGCUUUGGCUUACAAAGUGGCUAUAAGAUAUGAAGGGUAAGUCCCAUAAGCAUUUUUUUU